UCAGACUUUGUGUGCUCAAGCCUUUAGAAGGUUUUGGUGGCAUGUUCAGCAAUCAUGGCUACAGUCUGCGUAGCAUUUUGUGCACUGUUCUUCUUCACUUCCAGCACAGUCUGUCUAGACGUGGGUGAAAUCCAAGUCCCCCCGCUAAAUGAUGGAGUUUCUGGAGUGUUUUUAAUUCAAACCAAGACCAGCACGUACAGUUUUGAUGCCAUCACAGCCAAAGAGGCAUGUGAGGCUAUUAAAAUGAGGAUUGCCAAAAAGACUGAAGUGGAGACGGCAAACAAAAAUGGAUUACAGACAUGCAGGUUUGGUUGGGUUGAGGAGCAAAUUGCAGUUAUUCCUCGAGUUGAGAAAAACGAAAAUUGUGGUAAAAACAAUGUAGGUGUUAUCACUUGGAGAGCUGAGAUCAGUAGAAAGUUCGAUGUCUACUGUUUUAAACCAGCAGAUCCUGAUGGAUCACUUGAAACAACCUCAAGCAGGCCUCAAACUACAACAGGAGGAAGAACACAAUCAAAAAACCAUUAUUCCACUGAAACAACCCAUCCAUCAUCCACAAAGUCAAGCACUUCUCCUGUCUCCACAUCCAGAUCCUUUUCUCCUAACACAUCCACCCAAUCCACUUCCUUUUCUUUCGACACUUUCCUCACAACAUUUAUAACAGUUAGCCUUUCUAACAUCAUUGACAGCUCCCAAACAACAAUAAACCCUCCAUCUCUUUCAUCUACAAGUUCUCUACCUAAAUCCUCAUCUUCCUCUCAUUCAACCUCUCAGUUUCUCCUGCAGCAAACUUCAGCUUCAACAACAGAUGAUCAUCCUGCACAGUCCCAGACCACUACACCCAACAGACUGUCACUUAGAGCUGCUUCCAAAACAUUUGUCAUCAUUUCUGUUGUGCUACUACUUUUGGUGGCAGCAGCAGGAGCAGCUUGGUAUCUCAAAAUCAAAAGAGGACAGCAGUUUCCAUCCUGGACCAGAAUGAGGCCGAAACAGAUUAUUGAAACUGAGAUGUUUAAACAAAUAAGUGAGAGGCAUUGCAUUUCAGAACAGACCAACAACGAUAACAACAACUGGACAUGCAGCAACAUCAUCCUUCAGAUGGAACAAGACUCUGACUCUUCCUAAGAUAUGCUGUUUUUUUUCAAGUUAUUAAUGGAUAACACUGUACUUUCAGUUCUGUAUCUGUAACUGCAUUAAAAAUUUAUUCAGAUGUUCUCAGACGAA